UCUUUCCUCUCUGGCAAUUACGUCUGGCCCUCGUCACUUGGAAAACGAUUUCCGUUACAUCACUAAGUAGCUAAUAAAUAUGCAUGAGUUACUAUCUAAUAAAUAUGCAUGAGUUGCGCUCUUAGCUGGUCGGGUGACCUUUGGAACAAAUGCGCCAAUCAGGAAGUGCCAUUUUUCACGUGACCUGUUGUUGAUUAACAGAGGUCACGCAGCUUCCAGAAUUUCGCGGGAACGGUCGAAUUGGUUUUGUUGCGUAUCUGGACAAUAUUCUCGCCGAUUUCCGUCCAAUUUCAAAGAGACAUCAUGGAAUUUUGGAUUAGCACCUUAGUGGCACUCUGUAUGAUGGGCCUGGGAGAAAAAAUUCACAGAAACGGGACAGUCUUUCGCGAUGUCUGCGCCGAAGAAGGUCGGUGUUCAGACAUCCAACCUCCAUGAUUUUUGCCGACUGUGCGACUCCAACCAGAAGAUCAAGGGAACGUUGCAGCAUUGCAGACUUAUUUUUCGAGCUAAGAUAGCGCAAUCGUGGGUAAAAAAGGAACCUGGUACACCGUCGCCACCACCGAUUCCGAUUGUGGAUGUGUUGCAGUAUAUAGGCUUGGACGUAUCGGAACAGGACGAAAGCAAAUCCCACCGAAUCUGCGAAGCCUGCUGCCGCAAAGUCGCAAGGGUUCGGGGGUCCAUAGGAGAUCUGAACGAGUGGAAAGCAAAUGAAGGCCGUAAGGAUGCGUGCCGCUCUCCAGUUGCAACGAGAAAACGGAGCCGCGAAACACCAUCUAAGACACCGCGUGACAACAAGAAACGGGCCACCAAGACACCGACAAAAGCAGCCACGCCAUCUGUAGCCGCGAAGCCUGAUAAAGGGAAGAAGAUGAGUCGCCUGCCCGACCGAAAAAGUGACACAAAGCUCAGCAUAUCCUACCAGAGCAAAGAACGAACCCACUCGUGCAAACAAGAUGUUGCUGGCAUAGCUGAAAACCUUGCCAAGGGAAAGUUUGAUACAUGUGCUAAGAUGAUCAUGAUACACCCCACACUGAGGCUGAAGAUUUGGGACCAGCUGGUACAACAGGUACAGGCAGAGAGAACCUCACUGCUAGCCACAUCUCCCAGUCCCAGCAUCCUUCGAAAAACGACACCGUCUGAUCUACAGAACUUUUCCUACUCAGCCAUGGAGACAGAGCUGAAGGAACGAACACCCCUUCUCCACAUGGUACUGUCAAAUAUCUCCAAUGAUUCGCAGGUACACACCUGUGUUGCAGCAUCAAUUGCCAUUCGUGGCAAGGAGGCUAGGAUGUCUGCCCUGGCCUACAUCACAGAUGCCAUUUUGCAGUAUGGCGGUACAAAGAAAUCAGCUAUAGAAAUGCUAGCCAAGAUGGGAAUUUCCACCAACCAUAACAACGCAGUCGCAAAACAACAUGAAAUGAGCCUGAACCAUGACAAAACUGUAAAGGAAUGGAAAAGAGACCUUGAAGCGUACUACAACAGAGAUACAAGCCAGCCAGCCUCCACCAACCCAUCACUGAGCCAGCCUGCCUCCACCAACCCAGCACUGAGCCAGCCUGCUUCCAACGACCCAUCACUGAGCCAGCCUGCCUCCACCAACCCAGCACUGAGCCAGCCUGCUUCCAACGACCCAUCACUGAGCCAGCCUGCAUCCUACAACCCAUCUCUGAGCCAGCCUGCCUCGACCGACCCAUCACUGAGCCAGCCUGCCUCCACCCACCCAUCACUGAGCCAGCCUGCAUCCUACAACCCAGUACUGAGCCAGCCUGCCUCCUACAACCCAGCACUGAGCCAGCCUGCAUCCUACAACCCAGCACUGAGCCAGCCUGCAUCCUACAACCCAUCUCUGAGCCAGCCUGCCUCGACCGACCCAUCACUGAGCCAGCCUGCCUCCACCCACCCAGCACUGAGCCAGCCUGCAUCCUACAACCCAGCACUGAGCCAGCCUGCCUCGACCGACCCAGCACCGAGCCAGCCUGCCUCCUAUAACCCAGCACUGAGCCAGCCUGCCUCCUACAACCCAGCACUGAGCCAGCCUGCCUCCUAUAACCCAGCACUGAGCCAGCCUGCCUCCUACAACCCAGCACUGAGCCAGCCUGCCUCCACUCACCCAUCACUGAGCGAGCCUGCCUCCUACAACCCAUCACUAAACCUGCUUGCCUCCAGCAACCCACCACUGAGCCUGCUUUACUCUUGCAACACACCACCGCACCUGUCAUUUGCCUUUGAGAUAACAGACGAGGAGAUGGCCAUGUGUGGGCUGCAAAGUCUGAACAUAGAUGAUGCCCCGUCACCAACCGGCUUUUGUCCCCUCCCACCUUGCACGUACGGCAUCACAUUCGACAACGUGAACUUUUACGUAAAGGCCCACCACCAAACAAACAGUAAACACAACACAAUGCUCAACUGGACACACCAUGUAGCAGUUCUAGACAGAAUCACCCCUCACCACCUCCGCAACACAGGCUCAACUAAACCUCUCCCUGACCUAAACCUGGAUGAGGUGCUACCUACACACCUGGAUCAGCAACACACGAGAAGAGAGUUUGUCGUCAUGGCUACAAGAGUCAUCCCCAGACACCUUAAGGAGUUUGAGAUAUUCAAGGACGUCGUUGUGGCCCACAUACCCCACCAAUACUCCAAGGAAAUGGCAGAGAAGUCCACAGAGGUGCCAUUGGGGCUGCUGUUCAAGGAUGAAUGCAAGACUGGGGACCUUGUUGACAUCCUACUCCAUUUCCAGAAUGAGUACGUCCCACGUCAGGGAGAGAACAUGGUCCCCAUCUUCGUUGGCGGGGACAGGUUGUCCGAAGGCAAUUCCCGCAACAUACAGUGGGCGUUUGCGGAGGGAGACACACGGGAGGACCGCCUGCAGGGAAUCUUUGUCAAGUUUGAAGACUGGCACGCCAUCCGAAAUAAACACGGGAUACACAAGUCAAUCUUCUUCUCUGAGAAGUCUGCUCGAGAGCAUGGCAGCAUGUGCAGUAACAUGAAUGUCUUAAGAGCCAGCAAUGCCAAGAAGGGCCCGCACCAGGACUACAACUCGUACAAAGAGUUUGUCGACAAGGACCUGGAUGCCCUGAUCCUGACGGUUGCCAUGGACUACUUCGGCAUGGACACCAUGGAAGAUCUCCCAAAGAAGAACUGCUUUCCACCCGACAUUGCUGUGGCUGACAAGGAGACCAGGCGAGCCUGGCUAUCUGAGCAAGUGGGCCACAUCAUUGACAAGUACGUUAUGCUGAAGGAAGGGGAAAUUGUUUCCAAUGUAGCUAGCGGGGUAAAAAGUUCCUUUUUCCCCCCAGAGCCCCUUCCCUGCAGGUACCCAGAUUGUCAUCGCACUUUCCGACAUGAGAAAAUCAGAAAUGACCAUGAAAUUCAAGCACACGAUCUCAACAUGCAGCCUACACCUAACCCUAACUCAUCACCAGACAAGCCAAAGGAGUCGUGCCAGGAGGAAGACUACAAAAGAAACUAUACCCUGGCACGUCUCUCCUAUGGCCUGUUUCUCAGAAACAUGAGGGAUGCUGUGAAAGAAGGAGAUGGGGAGCGCCUUCAGAGACUUUACUCAUUUGCAAUGCUAUACUACAGGGCAUAUGGACACACCCAAUAUGCUUACAGCAGUUUUCUCAUGAAGGUUCAAGUUGCCUCUAUUCUGUCACCACACAUGGCUCACAGUCUUGUCUGGAAUCGCUUCUUCAACAAAAGGGGGGGGAUGGGACAAAAUAUCUCACUAGAUCUAAACCUCGAGAAUCAUAACAACUUCGCGAAGAGUUUCCUCAAGAACAUGGGCCCAAAUCUCAAUGAAAAAAGUGCUUUACGAGUCACCCGUAGUUUGCAUUACCUCAAGGCAUUGAUGGACAAUCAGAAUGCAGCAUUGGGUCGAAGGGGUGCUUCAGGUUACCACCACAAAGAGAAAUGGGAUGAAGACAUUAAGUUACUCGUUGAGGAGAACAGGAAGGCUGACCUGUUGGCCGUCAUCCCAGGCCGGGCAUUUGAAUCUUUCCCUUCAUUCAACAGAAAUCUGUUGCAUAAGAUUGACUACAACAAGACAGCAAAGUGGAUGAAAGAGAAGCUUAAGUCAUGGAAUAAACACUACCACACUGACCUCUAAAUUCACACUCGAUGCUUUUGUUCUAUUUUUCUCAAAGUAAACCUCAUUCAAUUUUUUCAACCCUGUAUACAUUGGAGUCUGUCUAAUUUGGGAGUGCAAAUGUAUUUACAUAUCAUCAGUCACGAGAACUGUUCAUUCCAAUGAGGCAAUGUGAAGUACAACCGUUUGCAUAAUUUGAGCUCUGUAUAAAUGUAUUUGCGUAUAAUCGCAACGAAUCUCCAGUCCAACGAGACAACGAAAAUAUAUCAUUUUGCAUAAUUUGAGCUAUGCACAAAUUUAUUUGUAUAUCAACAUUGAUGACAAUCUGGGUCAUAAGCAGCUGAUUGGUACCUUCCAUGGUUUCCUUGUAAAAGUGAUCUAUUUUAGCCCUUGUAUCAAAUAAUAGCAAAGAAAACCUCCUGACUUUCAUAUGAACUUUAUUGUAACAUAACGAUGUCCUAUGAAUGUACAGCCAAAGCAUACAGUUCAUAUACAAUCUUGGUCAUUGCUAUGUCACCAGUUAUGUUAAUGGUGCCCAAUGUAUUUCUAUUGUAAAUUAUUGUUAUAUAAAACAUCCAUAGUAAUUUGAAAGCAUGUUCAAUCUAUUCCAUUACUUGAUCACUAAAUAUCUGAACGGUGACUGGAAUUAGUGAAUAGUUGUACAUGUACUAAGUCUGCUUCUACUCAGGCUCAAAUAGUUUGCCGUUUAGAGUCUGGUGAUACACUUUUUGUAAAUGUCUGUACAUACAAGAAACUUAGCCCAAUCUCUUGACUUUCAUAUGAUCUGUACUGAAGAAAAGGGUGU